AUGGGAGAUUCAGCGCAACUGAGUGCGGCCUCGGCACCAAAAAGAUAUGCCUUGCCGACAGACUGGGAUCAGCACAAAGAGACGAUUCGCCGGCUAUACCUGGAUGAGAACGAGCCUCUGAAGGAAGUCAUGGCUAUUAUGGGCCGAGACUAUGGACAUUUCGGCAGCAUCAAGCAGUAUAAAAACAAACUUCGAGAGUGGGGUUUCGACACAAAGUACAAGAGACAGCAGCCCUCUCAGAAGAGAAAAUACAAGCGUCCCAGUCGUCAAUCUGUGGAUGCCAUCCGCGCCGUCGACUAUCUUUCCAACGCUCCCAGUGUUGAAGAUGACGACGACCGGGCUUGCCAAGCUGCUUUUGCACAGGGCACCAGUACCCUGAGCGCUACGCGCCAGGUUUCGACAGACUUUAACGAGGGCCGGCAGGCGUCUCACCGUCACAGAACCUACCGUGCCUCAUCUUGCGCUGUUGGAAUACAAGUCGGUCGGUCAGCCACGCCGCCAAUGUCACUUCCGGAACGCAUCUUUUCGUUGGCGCAGCAACACAUUGAGACAUCUUUCACCUACGAAGUUUGGAAGGUGGUUGAUGGUAACGUCCAGACGAUCACGGCACGUACCAAAGAAGAGUUGGAAUUGCCUGAGAGUGAUUUCGAUCUGGUACGCUCCGCCGUCCUGUUAUUCGAGCAGGGGUCGACAGUCGACGGCUGCCAUGUCCUGUCCAAAGCAUUCGCUCUGGUCAGACCCAUACUCAAGAAUGGAAAUGUUCGUGCCCUCAACUUCUUCUGGAGCUCCCUGGUAUUCCUCGUUCAAUCUAACCGCACAGAUAUCCUUGUCCAUCUUAUCAGCUAUAUCUAUGAAAUGGCCACCAUUCUGCUCCAGCGUGGGCAUCCCGUUGCACAAAUGUUCAAGCUUCUUACACAGAUUGAUGUACUAGAGCUAGAACAUGUUGUGCACAACGCGUGGCAGAUGACGACGGAUGCUUUUCAAAAGCAACUGCCGAACCUUCAUCCGGAGUACGUGCGCCACCAGUGCGACCUCAUCUUCCGCAUAUACGGCAAGAGGGACGCCCUUACCGCGGAGCGGCGCCUCUGCCAGCUUCUCAAGAACUGCGAGGAUACGGCGCAGACGCUAGAAAUCAGUCACCUGACAGUCCUGAAUGCCCUCGGUUACAACUUCAUGAAUUCCAAAGACUGGGUGAAAGCCGUCAACAUCGGCCAGAAACUUGAAGAGCGUGCUCAACUUGCGCAGGAUAUUGAUCUGCUUGUAUACCAAAUUGGAGGCAUGGAGAUCCAGGCGCGGGCCUUUAAUGAGCUGAAAUUGACCAUGCCAGCCGUGAAAUGCCUGAAGCAAGCGACCCGAUUGAUUGCGGAUGAAUGGGGCAAGACGGAUCCGUGGCGCAUAGAGCUCAUGGCUCUUCAGCAGCUUUACCUUCGAGAGGGCGGCGAAAUCAAGGAAGCAGCUGACUUGCAAGCAGAGAUAAGCAGAAUUACUGAAAGAAUCGACGCAGAUUGGGAUGCGCAGAACUAA